GCACUUUGCAUGUACAAAUAAUAGGCUAUACUACUACUAUUACUAAUGCUAAUAAUAUCAUUUCGGUAUUAUGUACCGAUACAUUUGGUUCAUAUUAAAACUCGAAGACUUACAUUUUGCCUAAAUAAAUGUCUGCUAAGUCACUAUCACUGAAGGAGGUAACAAUACACUGAUACUGAUGAAAGUACUGCAGAGAUUGAAUGAUAGUCAUUCUAUUUCUGUGCUCCGGACUGCUAAACUGUCAGCAGCACAAUUCCAUUGUUUUCACUCAAAUCGGAAUUCUAAAUCAUCCAAGACUGACAUCUCAGGGAAUGCCACUUUAAACCUUUUAUAUAUGUCAAUGCUUUAAACCGAGGACGUUUUGGUGAGCUGAAGUCGUCUCGCGCUGAACGCCGCGUUCGACUUUGCUCUCUUGUGAGCCGGUGUCCUGGCAACGGAAAACCUUCAGACGGCAGGACCACCUGCGCGUGAUGAGCUGACCCAAAACCAAAGGAGGUUUACUUCAUUUUGGCUGUUUUUCUUCAGGCUUAUAACCCAAACGUCCUCAAGUAAACUAAGGGAUGAGCCCCAAGAAGAACAACAGUGCCAGUGGUGUGAUCACCUUCCACACACCAUUUCAUGUCAGCCUGUUAAAAUCAGAGGAGUGCAUGGCUGUUGGGAAGGACGCUACAGACCGCAGAAAGAGCCUGUCUCACCCGAGCGAGAGGACGAGCAGCAUCAGUAAAUGUGUAAGAGCAGAGAAAAAGGAUGAGUCCUCACCCUCCGGGCCACAGUCGGGAGCCACACAGGACUGGCCCUCUCACACCUCCCUCAGGCGACUGCAGGCAAAGAUGGAGGAUGAUAAUCAACAGGUGAAAGCAACAAUUCAAGCAAUACUGGAUACAGAAAAUGGCUUUAUGAAGGAGUUGGAGAGGUUUCUGAGUCAACGGGAUGUAACAGAGCUGAGGAGGAGGGAGCUGCUGCACAAGCGCUGGACUGAGCGUGUGUGGUUUCCCCUCCAGAGCAGAGUGGAGAAACAUGUGUCCAGCUGCAGCCCUGUGGCGGUCAAGAGGCGCCUGAGUUUAUACAGUCACUACCUCCAUCAAUGCAACACCAAGGGCGUCGUGCUUCUAGAAAGCUAUGAUUUAAGGGAAUACAAUCCCUUUCUUCUCCACAUUAAAAAGCCACACGACGUGAAGCUCAGUACAGCUGACUUAAAGGACCCAUUGUACCUUCAGUUACAUGAAAGACUGAAGGAGAAGAGAACAGCCCGCUCUUGUGAAGAAGGAUGUAAAAGACAAGUAGAGAAGCUGCCUCAGAGUGAUCGUCCUCUUACUGAGUCUGUGACGUCUCAGGCCGACAUGCUGCUACACGCCUCAUCUAAUCAUCUGGUCACUGCAUCCAGAAAAACUCCAGUGGUGGAUGAGACUGAAGGAAGGAAGUCCAGCAGAAUCGACACCAUACCAUGCCGCCGCCUCUGUGCAACUGCCACACCAGAUGGAAGGAGCCAUCAGACCGGCUGCAGGUUCUCCAGAUGUCGGCAACAAGCAGCAAGUGUACAACAACUUCAGUCCUCGCCUACAUCCAAAUAAACUCCACAUUAACCAACCAGCUCCAAGUCUUCCA